CUCCGUGUUCUCGUCGGUGGGUUUUAGCCAAGGCUGCAGCGCCGGGCGCCCGAGCGAGCGAGCGAGCGCAGCAGCGGCUUCCCCAGCGCCUGCACCCGGGCGAGGUGACUUCUCCAGCUCCCGGGGCGCAGCCUGGGCUCCCGCCCCUCCCAGGCACCCGCAGAGCCCGCGAGGCCUCGGAGCCGCUGCGCCUGGAGGAGGAGGCCGGGAGGGAAACCGAGCCACCCAGCUCCCUCCCCCACCCUCGCUCCAUUCACCUCGGUGACUGUCGCUUACUGGGAGCCUGAUUGCCCGACUCAGAGGCCGGGACCGGAUUCACUGCGCGCUGCUGCCCAGGGAGCCGGCGUCUCGGCACCCGGGUGAGCCGCAAGGAAAAUGGUGCAAUCGCAGAGAGGCUGACUCCGGCUGGGCAGAGCAGACCCAGCGCUAGAGUGCUGGGCUCAGGAGAAGGGGACGGGUUGUUGGAACAGCCAGGACCGGGCUUUCCUCCCUGCCCGCAGCGUUUUCUUUGCACCUGGACUGUAUGCUCCCAGCCUGCAGGGAGCCACAUGAAGUGAGGCAGAAGCGGGUUUGGAGGUGGCCGGGUGGACACUCCAGGAAGGCGCCCGAGAGCACGGCGUUUCGCCAGGAGGACCAGCCGGCAGCGCUUGGCGACUGCGCGCCCUGUCCAUGGUGUUGAAGGCGCCCCGCGCCGCGCGCCCUGCCUGGUGCGCCCUCCUCUGCGCAGCCCGCCCCUCGCGCCGGUCUGUGGUCGCCCAUUCUCCGCCAACCCCAGGCCAGAACUCGUCCCGUAGCGCUGCCUGGGUGUUCGCGCCGUCCGCCUGAAUGGCGAGGUCGGAGGCCGGCAGCCGGCGAGCUCGCGGGGAACGGUGGGCAGAGACCGCGCGUCCGCGGGAAGCCCGCCGCUGAGUCCCGCGUGGGCCGGCCAGGGACCUGCUGGGAACCCGAGGACGGAAAUCUCGCAAAGAGCCGACCUAGGAAGGAAGCUCGCUGCUGGGUGCACAUCUUGGGUCUCCGCUUGCAGACCGGAAAGGGAGAGACCUUACAGGUAGAUCCAGGCGGGACUCGGGAGUCUGGCGCUGGCACCCAGCGGUCUCCUUUCGCCGGCGGGCGGUGUCGCGGGUGUAGGCAGGCGGCUGCCCCUGAUCGCACCGCCCCAUCCCCUAAAUUCCCGGUCUCUUCGCUGCACAAAAAAUCCGCAGAGAGCUCCACCGCACGGAGGGGGCUCGGGCUUCGGUUUCCGGAGCAGGGGUGCGUCCAGAGGCCGCGGGUUCUGAGCAGUCGCCCCCUGUGGGGCGGGGAGAGGGCGGGAAGUCGCCGCGUGGAAUCAGCCACGGCCAACGGCUACGCCUGCUUCGGAGGAUGAACGGGAGUCGGAUCAGAACUUUUUAGGCCGCUCGCCGCCAUCCCCGCAGUCCCCCGGCCGAGUCCCCCGCUGUCGCUGUCCCCACCCCCAGCUCGGCGCCGCCGUUUGGUCCCGGGCGGGCGCGCGGAGGAAGGCGAGGCCGCGGCGGGUCAUGCCCAAGGUGUAGGCGAGGCGGAGGCAUGGCUGCCGGAAGGUUGCUGCUCUACACGGGCCUCUCGCUAGCGCUCUGCGCCCUCGGCAUGCUGGCUGUGGCCAUCUGCUCGGACCACUGGUACGAGACGGACGCCAGGAAGCACAGGGACAGGUGCAAGGCCUUCAACACCCGCCGGGUGGACCCCGGCUUCAUUUACAACAACAACAACAACUUGCCGCUCCGGGCCAGCCGCUCGCGCCUGGACCGCUGGGAGGGCAAACUCCUCCGGGCCCGGAAUCGCCGGCAGCUCUUCGCCAUGAGCCCGGCCGACGAGUGCAGCCGGCAGUACAACUCCACCAACAUGGGCCUCUGGAGGAAAUGCCACCGGCAGGGCUUCGACCCCGAGAUCGCCGCCCUCAUUCGGAAAGGAGAAAUCGAGCGAUGCACGUACAUCAAGUACCACUACUCCUCAGCAACUAUCCCCAGAAACCUCACAUUUAACAUCACGAAGACUAUCCGGCAGGACGAGUGGCACGCCCUGCACUUGCGCAGAAUGACGGCUGGCUUCAUGGGCAUGGCAGUGGCCAUCAUCCUCUUCGGCUGGAUCAUUGGUGUGCUGGGUUGCUGCUGGGACCGAGGCCUUAUGCAGUAUGUGGCGGGACUUCUCUUCCUCAUGGGAGGAACCUUCUGCAUCAUUUCACUGUGCACCUGUGUGGCUGGGAUCAACUUUGAGCUGUCACGCUACCCACGCUACCUGUAUGGACUCCCUGACGACAUCAGCCAUGGCUAUGGAUGGUCCAUGUUCUGUGCAUGGGGGGGCCUGGGCCUCACACUCAUCUCGGGAUUCUUCUGUACCUUGGCCCCCUCUGUCCAACCUGUCCCGAGGACCAACUGCCCUAAAUCCAGACCCGAGAAUGGGACAGUGUGCUAAAAUACAAACCCAUACAUUUAUAUAUAUAUAAAUAUAUAUAUAUAUAUAAUAUACAUAUAUAAAACAAAACUAAAUCAAGACGAUGUCAGUGCCAAGGUAGAGUUGAGUUGGCUCAGGCACCUACAUCUCACCGGACUUUGUGUUGUUUCAUCACCAAGAUGGGGACAGUGUUCCCAUACUGUGGCUCUUCCAUCAAUUCUUGACUUUGGCUUCAUGGUUUCUUGAAGACACGGUGAACAUCACCACUUGGGAUAGCACCUUGAUCCCCGUCACUCAUGCGGAUGUGGUGGUGAGCUGGAAGGGACAGUGGCAGUGGUCUGAAGCAACCCAGGUGUAGAGAAGGAUAUGCCAUGGCCCGGGCCAACAAGCGAGGACACCACCCCCUCCCUCCUUCAUCUCACAGGGAAACGCGGCCCCUAGUCCAUAGAAUGUAACCACGUCUCUGGGGCCAUUUCAGAACCACUUCAUUUUCUGCUCUUCCUGUUCUGAGAUCCUUCCUGGCCCACCAGCAACACACACGGAAUGGAUGAGAAAACAAACAGAAAGCAUGUUUUCUCUUUGUGGCCAAACUUUCGACAAAGUUUUAGAGGUGGGAAGGGGAGAGAACACGCUGAAAGGCACGACCCACUUCAAAAAAGGACACUUCGGUGGAUGCUCAGAAAACCCCUUCUGGCCUUCCAGCUGCCUUACACCCAGUUAAACAAGAGGCCACCCUGUCCUCCCCACUGCACUCCCUCGGCAGAUCGGAGCCUUGGAGUAAUGCUGUGAUGUGUGCGUGCGUGUGUGUGCUCUGCGUGUAUCUUGGCUGGUUUCCUUUUUUCCUUUCCACUUUUUAAAUAGAAAUAUUGCAUUGUGACUGUUUAUCACUGUAGUGGUUUCGGGGCCCAAAAUGGAGGCCAGGAGACCUAAGAAGUAUCACCCGGGGGCCAGGCCUCUGUGGGUGCCAACAAUGCAGCUGCAGAUCCUUGAAAGGGAAAAGGAGAGAGGGAGGAAUGAACAAGUGAGUGUGAGUGAACGAAUGCAUGAAUCAAUGAGGUGGAUGUUUUCUGAAUGUGAGGUUUUAUUGCUUGUGUUGUACUUUUUUUAAAAUUAUUUUUGGUACAGCUCAGAUUCCCAGAGGGCAGAACCAAGAACAAAACCACUGGGCCAGAGGACCCUGUGGUUCUUCACACUGCAGUCUGGGAUUCUGCAGGAUUUAGUCCUCUUAAUUGUGGAAGUUCAAGACACAGCUGGGCACAAAGGCCAUGAGAGAAGAGGGGAACACACGGUUCAGGAGGGGCAAGGAAUGUUGCCUCUGGCUGCUGUUGUAUAAGUACAUAUACCAAACAAGACCUUCACUCCCCAUCAUGGGGCUGUCCUCUGUUACUAGACAUCUACCCCUUUCCUAGGGGUGACCUCUGUAUAAAUGAAAGGAAAUGAGUUACAUGCAGAAAGCACCUGCAUUUCCCAUGGGCUCAAGUUUGUGUGUGUUGUGUAAAUUUAUGGAGAACUCUCGACUCUUUCCAUCCUCCUCUCCUUCCUCUUGAUAUUCAAGGCCAUGAAUCCCAAAAUAGCUGUCUUAGUGGCCAGCACCCAAACAGAGGCGGAAUAAACCCACUCCAGUCUCGGGCCCACUUGAGCAAAUUGGCAUUACAAGUGCCAGCAAGUGAAGCCAGCCAGAGAGUUGUGAGUGCUAUACGACUGGCACAGCCCACAAUCACCCCCGAGGCCCAGCUGCUGCCAAGCAGCCCUGGGAGUGGGGAGGGAAUCCAGUCUGGUGUAGCCAUGGUGAGCCAUGUAACAGAGCAUCCAGUCGUUUCAUAACAAAUAUGCUUUGGGAACUUUGCCAACUCAGCAGCCUUCCUUCCCCCAUGUGCUCUUUCAUCUACAUGUUUUCCGGCCUAUCUUCCUUCCAGUCUCUCCCAGUCACCUCCUUUACUCACCUACUAACCACUGACCUUCUCUUCUGUCCACCUGUGGUAAGUCCUGCCUGCCUCCUCUACUCUUUUGAAUGGUGUAUGUGUGCAAUGCAUAACCACAUAGGACAUUUGAUGCUGACGAGUGGGUUUGGGUGGUUCUUUGUGCAAGAGUGUCUCUCUCUGUGCAUUUUUAUGUUUGUCUCAGUACAUGCCUGCGCACAGGUGUGGGUACACUGCUCAAGACUUCCUCACCAGGGACCCUCGUGAGCUGCUGCAAAAGGUCUCAAGUAUGAGUGUGGGUGUGCCAGGCAUUGGGAGUGAGCUGGGUAGCAAGAAAUGCUAUUGGCUUCUCAUUGAGGUUUCUAGGGGUUAUUUUUAAAACAAAGCAUUUAUUCUAUGAGAAGGGAAAUUAUUUGCAAGAAAACCCAGUUUUUCAAUUGGGAAUUUUAAUUUUUUGUUCAAAGUUAGAUUUCUCCCUUAAGGGGAAGGACAUACUUGGGCGUGAGGAAAAGUGAAGAAAAGUAUCUCAGAUUGAGAGGCCUUGUGUCUUCCUUCCAAGUGUUUUGAAAUAAGCAGGGACAGGCAGGUGUCCACAAGCAUCCAUUUGGAUGAGGGGUAUUUUCUAUGACUAGGUGCAAAUUCCAGUUGUUUUCCAGUUGCAGAAAAGUAGGGGAAAUAAUUCUAAAGGGGAUGAUUUGCUAUCAACUAUAACAUAAGUAGCCACAUUUCAAAAUACUGCCUCUGAGACCCAACAUUAUGCCUUUUUAAAAUUCCAUGCUUACCAUAAAUAAAUCAUGUGCUCUAUCAAUCACUUACUUUUGUGACAGACCUUUGACAAAGCUUCCUGCACCUCUUUGUAACUUGAGCAUCCCUGAAAUGUUAGGAGAUCGCCCAAGAAAAGUUGUAAACCAUCUGGCUCAACUCAACAUCAGAAGAGCCAGGCCAGAGUGGCUUUUUUUGGCAAUGGGUUCAGAUGAGUACAAAUAAACACUCUGGGGUCUAUUUCCUAUUUGGGAACAAAAACCACUCCCAACCACAUGGUCAGGGUGGAAGCCACUCUAGAGCUGGCAGGUCCUGGCCAAUGGGAAAACUCGAAGAUGACUUUGACCCUUCACGCAUAGUGUUGUGACCACAUAGUGUUGUGACCACAAAAACCAUUCAAACAGCUCCUGAAGCUUUUUGGCUGUGAGAUGGCUGAGAAAGAAGCAAUGCACAAGCAAGAAAAGAGCCUUGACUUAGGAGGCUCUCUAGGUCAGACACUACUAACUUCAAUCCAAGUACCUUCUAAGGGGAGUUAGUGGCCUCAGUAAGCCUCCCAGUUCCGAUCUAGGUCAAGUGCAAAGUCCUUAUAGUCUAGUGCAUACAAGGUAUAUGGUGACGCAUGUCUUGCAAGCUCCAUGAAAAUCCAACUCCUUCCCUCCCUAGUAAGUUAGAGAUUUGAGAAUGUGAAUGUCUCCUGGAGAGAAAUCCUAUUUCUUUCUUCUUCCUUUGGAAGGAAUGGUUUCUUUUCCUCUUUCCUUUUCCUCUCUCCCUAUUCACUUCUAUUUUCCUUCUUCAUCAGCUUUUGUCAAUUUGUUACUUCUUCUCUAGUGAGACUAGAGAUAGACCCCAAGCAAUCCGCUUGUUUGUUGUUGAUAUAGGUUUCGUGAGGAGAUCUGUAGUGCACUGACAUCAAAAUAUAAAAUGUAAAAACAAACAAAAAAACUGUGCCUCUUCCAACUACAACCCUCCACAAGCCUUAGCCUUUUAACAACUCUACCCUUUUGCCUCCAGAUAUCAUGAAGGCACAAAGACUGGACAGCACCAGGUGGGGACCAGCCUUUCUUACCCUCAUGCACCUGCACAGCACCUGGGGCCCUGGCACCAUAUUGGUGUAAUCUCCCACUGUGGGUGAGUGGAUCCACCUGGUUGUGGUGCCUUUCUUUCCAUAUUCUGUCUCAAUAAUGUCCACAUUCAUGCUAAGAGGCCUAAUAGAAAAGUACCACCCAUGUGUGGCUGGCCUGAUUUCAAGGAGGAUGUGCCAGUUGGAUCUCCAAAGCCACCUACAUGAGUCAAAUUCAAAGUAAUGGAAACAAUACAGUACUCAGAGGCAUUUAAAAUGGACUAUCUUUACCUGGCUUAUGUCAGGAGUGUUAACUAAUUUUCAAGUGUCUGUUGGAAGUGGUGGAGAAAAAUACCCCUGGGUCAUCUUUUGGUGUGGCUGUUGUGGGAUACUUGGUUGCUUCCUGUAGUUUGAGUGAAGUUGCUUUUAAUUGCCCCUCUGCUCCAGGGACUAAGCACCCCUGUGAACACAUCUCACCCUUUCCAGGGAAAUAGGAUGAAUCAGAGUGAGAGCUGAUUUUAUCACAGAUAGAAAUAACUGUUGCAUACCAGCUGAACUGUCUUUGGUGCUGCCUUCCAGCUGGUGUGUGACAGAGGAAGGGGACAGAUUUUUAAGCAGGCCCACAAAAGUUGAGGCAUGCAAAUGAUUUUGAUGUCUCAAAGUUGACUUCUGGGACUGUAUGUGUCAUCUUUUCAUUGAUGCUGCCAUUGAUGGUGCAAGCUGUUUUUGAAACAUUAUUCCUAGUUCUUACAAUAUGUUAUUAUUAGUUAUUGGGUCUUUCUCCAUGUAAUACAUGCACAUUGUAGAUUAGAAAAGUAAAAUACAAUGCAGAGUGGUCAUAAUUCUAUUACUCCAAGGUAUUAUUGUUGUGCUCAAUGAUAAUGGCCAUAACUCCAAGUCCUACCUAUUUGGUGGUCAUCUUUGGGUUGACAGCUGAAGUUAGGAGGAUUUUGAAUGGCUCCAGAAUCACACUGGCCUGUACAGAAUUCUUGGCAGCAGGAGCACAGGCCUUUGAGCCCCCAAAGAUAGCAACAAGGCCUUUGAAAACUCAGUGCCAGACUUAGAGUGCAGGUAGAACAGGGCUAAAAGAUUCCUAUUUGGGGGGAAUUUCCUCUUUCUUUCUUCUACUUGCUCUUCUUUUUCCCAGGUACCACCUCAGUUUAAUCAUGGGUAAAAGAGCACUAAAGCCAGAGUAACUCACUAACCAAGCUAUGCUUAUACAAUGUAGUUACUGUAAAUUUCAUUUCUGCUCUGCACUAAAAUGACUUGGGACUCUGGGCACUGUGUCUUCUCCAUACUUGAACUUCCUCAUCUACAAAAUGAGGAUAGUGCUAACACUUUACCUCAUGGUAUAUUAAAAGUGACAAAGAAAUUGCAAAGUGAUUUGCAAACAUGAAGUGUCACAUGAAUUAUGCACUGAUCAAAUUACCCCACAGCAGCAGAGCCCCCUCUAAAAUAGAAUUCUUUCCUCUGAUUCUUUGCCUUGCUGCUGAAGGAAGAAUGUGGAGAGAGGUCAUCCUGGCUGCUGGUUAUACACAGCCCUCUGAAGCACAUGAGGGUUUUUUUUUCCCCUUCAUUUGGGCUCUCCAGGGAAAUUGGCUCCUUAGCUUACUUUAUCCAUUUCUGGACUUCUUUGUCCAAAGUGAGUUUUGCAAAGGGCAGUCUCAUCCUUCUGGACUAUCCCCUGAAGUGAAGGAAUGAGAAAACCAUAUAAAGCACAGGUGAGCUGGAACAGUUGAUCUUUAACCGAGGCAUGUGGUUAGUACCUUGUUUUUUUUUUUUUUUUUAAUAGUUACGCUGAUAUUAUUUCUAGCUACAUGCCUGAGUGGUGGCAGUGAAUCAGAUUCCAAAAGGUUUCAAUGAGGUUUCAAGUUUAGGGUGGGCAAAGCCAAUGACUUUAUCAGAUGCCUGUGGGUUUUUAUAAAAGGCCCCUGGAUGGUUUAUUCACCAAGACAUGUUCCAAGUAUGGUCUUGUUAAGAAAAAACAGAAUCCUAGACUCAAAAUAAAAGAAUGCACUUCUCAAAGGUUCCCUGCACUUUCUGCUUUGCAGUGAAUCAAGUAUCAAUGUUGUGUUGAGACUUUCCACAAGGGGAGUCCAAGUCAUUGUUCACUUUAUAAUAACUGCCCAGCCAGUAAUGGGGGAAAUGGCCAACCGCAUAGGUGUUCAGUUUCAGUAACCAGAACACUGGCCCUCAAUCUGGGAGUUGCCCAGUGAUGGCUCAGCCUGGCAUCUCUUUGACAGAUGCCAGCCUCAUGCCCAAGGAUUGACGUUGCUCCUUAGGGAACCCUGUGACUCCUCCUUCCCCUCUCCUGUACCUCAAGCUUCUGCUUUCCUCUCUGGGUGGCCCAGAGGCCCCCUCUCGUCUGUGUGUGUGCCAGUGUGUCUGUGUUGUGCGUGUGACUCAGCCUUCCAUGCAGAGAGCUUUCGCAGACUCACCCUUUCAGCUUUCCCACCUCCACCCACGUGUGACUGUUUUGCUAUUCAAGACUAUCUGUAAAAAUGUACAAAUAAAAAUGGAACCUGAAAAUAAAGGGGAGGGGUAUUGUGACUACUCAGAUGCAAUGAUGUAGCCCUCAGUUUUCUGAGGAGGUAAGUGGACUGCCUUAGAGUCUUGGGUCUGGUGGCACUAGGAGGGAGAGAUACCUUCACACAAGAGACUUCUGAUUGCUCCUGAGUCAUUAGUGUCUGCUUAGAACUCUCUGUUCUGAAGGGGGUUGCCUUUAAAGAAAAAUAUAUCUCCCCAAAAGCAAGAGCAGUAUCAUCCAGUUCAGCAGGGUGAAGGUCAGCAGAGGUUGACACCCAGAUCCCACCUCGGGGUAACACUAGACACUUUGUCACCGGCUCACUUGGGGCCUCAGGUGAGUCCUGUUACCUCAUAGUGUCUCCAUAUCCUCUCAGCCUAAUGAGGGAUAGGGGUCUUUGGGGACUCCCAGACACCGUGUCUCCAGGUCCAUUCUGCUGCUGUUUUCAGAGACUUUGUGCCCAUGCUGGUUGUUGUAUGCUAACUGCCUCGAGGUGUAUCCAGAGAGUUUUUCCCCCUGCCACUCUUGCCCUGCAUUUUUACACCUUGGAAAGUAACCUCAAGAGAACAGCAGUUUGUGUUCAGAGUCCAAAGCCUUUUAUUGACCUUUUCAUUCUCAGAUGCCUUUUCCUACCCAUUUUGAUGAUCUCAUUGUCUUUACUGACAGAGCUUUCUGUGCUGGGCUGAGGAGGAGAAAGAGCAUCAAAGGGGAUGAUGGGUAUAAGUUACCUUGUAAUCUAUGACUCGAUCUACAAAUAGGACUCUCUCCAUGUCAGAAUUAGGGAGUCUGGCUAAGGGAUAUUCCCAGGUGGGAGCGAAUGAGUGUUGGUGGUGGAGGGUUGGAGGCCAUGGACUCCUGCAGGUUGGAGAUGGAGGUUAGAUGCAGGGACUUUCCCAAUAGAGAAGUGUCUGCUUAAUGAUUCAGAAGCAGAAUCACCAUAAUGUCUUCAAUAUAGUGACAGGGAAGGACCUCCAAGGCUAAGAAGAAGCAGGAAUGAGCAGGGAUGGACAAUCCCCCAGUACAAAGGGCUGCCUGCCCCCAGGAGCACCCCAAGCUCACUUGGUGCCAGCACCCUUUCCAACCCAUGGUUAUAGGCACCUUCAGUCUAAACCUUCAUCUUCUCUGAUGGUCCAUGGUGAUCAUCUCUGGAACCAGAAAGUGAUUUCCACCACCACUGACCAAUAGAAGUAUAAUACAAGCUAUGUAUCCUAAUAGCUACAUUUUCAAAAGUUGAAUGAGACAGGUUAAAUGAAUUUCCAUACUAUAUUUUAACCCAACAUAUCAGAAAUAUUUCAACAUGCAAUCAACAUAAAAAAUAUACUGGAAUAUUUUAUGUUCUUUUUAAUUUUUUUCAAAUGAACCCUUCUAACUCCAAUGUUAAUUUUAUUCUGAGAUAAUGUCUCAACUUAGACCAUCCACAUCUCCCACAGGUGGCUUCUGGCUACUGCCUAGACAGUGCAGAUUUUGUGUCUUUAUUAGGCAGCAAGGUAGGGUGGCCCUUACUGGUGAGUCACUCAUGUCAUAGGUGUCACUGUAGCUGACAGACGUAGGAGGUGGAUCAGCUGAGAGGAGGAAGCACACAGCUGUGUCCAGGCUGCUAUCUCGCUUUAUGUAAGGGGAGAUGCGGCUGCUGUGAACUUGGUAUCACAUCAGCCCCAGAGGGUGCCAGCAUGAUCCCUGGGUGACCUUGAUGACAGUCCAAGUCCUAGAGGGAAAAAUAGAUCAUGUUCUUCAGUUGUAGGAGCAUCAGCCAUCACCUUCUCUUAUUCAGAUGUCUUUUGUCUCAGAGAGGCCUUCUCUCUGGGAAGUGUAAAACACUCCACAACCUUCUGAACCUGGUGAGGUCACCAGCUAAGAACGUCUUCCCAGUAUUUGGGGCUGUUUUCUCCAUCUCUCAGUUCCCUUACAUUUUUGUCUGAAAAUCAAAUGCUAAAACAGGACAAACACUGGGAAGAGACAGCCACAAGCUGAUGGGAAAUAAAGUCUCCUAGGAAGUAGCAGUGACAAGUUCUAUCCUUGCUCUGUGACUUAGGCCACCGUUGCCCACCUUUUCUUUCUGCUUGGAGACCUUUCUUAGGUUUGAAGAAGCUCUUGUUCAGGAAAAAAAAGACAAAUAAUGAGACCUUAGCAUAGAGAACAGAAUAAAAUAUGAGCUAUCAACACCUGGGCAUUCUCAUAGCUUUUCAAAAUAUGUGACAAGGUUUGAUUCAUUUAAAAUAUAAUGUCCUGAGCCCUGUGUUACCAGGCAAAAGAAAAUAAGCCAAUUGGUUGGGUGUGUUUUAUAUAUGAUGGUUAGACAGGGGCCAUCACUGACAAAGCUCUCAAAACAGCUGGAGUGUUUAUGGUCCACCAGAUUAUUGCUUGGUCAAUAUAAAUUUAUUUACCUUUAAUUUGCAUAGUGCUUUCUGAUUGGUUAAACAGGGAGUGGCGUAUACUACAGAAUUCAAAAAAUGACUCUCCCCUUGAAGGUAGCAAUUCCUGUGGUUAUUGGUGCUAAAAUAAGAUUAAAUAUUAUGUUAAUUUGUUCUGAUACGAUGUGAAUAAAUGUAUUGUUUAAUCUUAACAGAAUGCUACAUCUUAUCAGAUCUAUUGUACUGUCUGUUCCUUCUCAUAAUUAAUUAAUUAAUUACAGGAAAGGUGAUCCAAACCAGAUCUUGAAACUCUUGUGAUAUUCAGAGAGCAAGUUAGCAGGGAUGUGGGAGGGGGGAAUGAAAAGGGAAAUUGCCAGGUUCCUGUGACUUUAAAAGGACUGAGGAAGCAGAGAGCAUUUGGGGACUUCACUGAAACUGACUGCAUCUUGCAAUUUUCUUUUUCAAAUUGGCAGAAAUACUGUAUUUCCAUCGAUUGAAGAAAAAAGUGGUAAUUAAUUAAAUGACUUGUUCAUGGAAAAAAUAAAAAUAAAUAAUCUGUCAGUUGUGGAAUGUAAACUGAUUAAAACAAUUAAAUAAAGAAGAUCAUGUUGUGUGUUUUAAACAA